UCACAGAACCCCAUUUCUCUCUCACAAAAAGGAAAUGGAAGAAGCGUUUAGAAGAAUGAACGGGUUCUCUCAUGCAUCCGAACCCGACUUGAUCACUGACCCUCCAAGCAAGUCAACAACCGCCGCCACCAACAAGCGUGCGCUGAGAGACACGGCGGCAGCCGCUGCCUCGGGCGCAAUGAGAUACCGCGGCGUGCGACGCAGGCCUUGGGGUCGUUACGCGGCGGAGAUCAGAGACCCGCAGUCCAAAGAACGACGCUGGCUUGGGACCUUCGACACGGCAGAGGAAGCCGCCUGCGCCUACGACUGCGCCGCUCGUGCCAUGCGCGGUGUCAAGGCGCGGACCAACUUCGUCUACUCUUCUUCCCCGCCUACCGACGUCGUCGCUGACCAUCCUUUCCCUCAUUUCAGCUUCCACAAGCAUUCUCACCCGUCUGCCAAAACCCGUAACGGCUACGGUGGCGCCAACCACUCUCCUAGUUGGAAUUCCGUACCGUUCUCGCAGUAUCCAUCUCCUAAUCAGAACGACGGCUACGGCGGCGCUCCCACUCCUGCUGCAACAUCUUUCAACAUGCCCUUCCUCCAGAAUUUCAUGAAAUAUUCCUCACCAAACCCAUCUCCCGUUUACAAUAACCAGUUUCCGUACAAUAUCAACGGCUCUUCUUCAGCAUCUUUGGUCAACACCACCUCUUACGGUCAACGCCAUGAAACCAACAUCCCCGGAAGUACUAAGUUCCCUAUUGGUUCAUCUUCUUCCAUGGCUACUGCUCCUACUUCUACUACUACAACUCUUCCCUUCAUAGAUAUUACUUCACCUCCUCCCACAAAACCCACCUCCCACGACUAUCAACACGACUACUCCUCAGACUUCUUCCCCACGGAGCCGGCGUAUUCCGGGCUGUUAGAGGAGGUGAUCCAUCGCUUCUUCCCAAAACCCACCAAAAAAUCAUCAAACGACGAUCCCAUAUCGACUCAAGACUACGGCCAUCCUUCCAGUUCCAUUCAAACGGCUUGCUUUGACGGGUCUUCAACGAGGACAGUCGGAGGGUACUCAAAAAAUGAGCAGAGUCAGGUAAAUGUUUGUUACAAUUUCCACGAGCUGCUGCCGCUGCCUCAGCCGCAGCAGCAGCAAGGAAACAGUCUCAACGGACUAAUGGAUCAUCACCAACAGCAAGUGUCACAGCCACAGGCAGCACCGGUCUACAACGAUCACGUGCCGUUCAACUUCCAGAUGGGUGGCGGCGCAGAUCACUCCAUGGGAAUGGAUAACAUGUUUCAAUACCCUGAGUUUAUGGGUGGGUUCGCAGCCAGGGUCCAGAACUAAUAAUAAUUCCUAGCUUCCCUAAAAUGCUCUCAUAUGAUAAGGUAGCUUUAUAAGAUAGCUACAUAAAAGGGAAAAAAAAUGGUAUGGAUCUAACCAGUUUGCAUGUAAUCUUUAUCGUGUUCUUCCCAUUUGAACUUAGGGUUUCUGUCUUUAAUUCUUAUUUUUAAGAAGGUUGGCGGAAACUGUUUCUGUUUUUAGUUUUUAGUUAGUCAUGAGGAACAGAAAGGAAGAGAAAAAAAAGAUUGUA